AUGGCGCAAGCGCCCUGGUCGCUGCCUUCACAAGUGGCUGUGGCGGUGGACCUGUCGAUAGGCCUGGCGCCGGCGGGACACCGCCUCGAGGAGGAGCAGGACCAGGUGACGGCGUGCGUCGGCGGAAAGGAGGCGCGGCUGUUCCCGUGCCUCUUCUGCAACAAGAAGUUCCUCAAGUCGCAGGCGCUAGGCGGGCACCAGAACGCGCACAAGAAGGAGCGCGCCGCCGCCGACUGGAUCUGGAACCCCGACGUCUACGGCGACCACUACGCUGCAGCGGCGGCCAUGGGCGGCAGCCUCGGUGAAGCUUCCGUGUCCUUGCUGCUCGCCUCUCAUGGCGGCGGCACCGCCGCUGAGCCCCUGCCAGCGUCAAGCCCAAGCUCGAGAGGGAGAGGCCUGACGGUGGCGAGGCGCUCUUCACGGACCACGCCUUGCUCCCGGCGGCAGCCGACCGCCCCUUCACAAGGUCGCCCGACGGCACCGUGGACAUGCUCAACUGGAGAAGGAGUUCCCGAGCCUCUGCCCCACCGGAGUGCGCGGACACCAACGCCGCAUCCUCCGGCGCUGGCGAGGAGCUGGACCUCGAGCUGCGGCUCUAGCUGGAACCGCACCGAUCGACCUAAUUCUGCUCGGGGAGAAAAGCUUAAGACGCAUCUCCCAGCUGGAUCAUCAUCAGUCAUCACUGUCCGUCUUGCCUUCACAUAUCUAUAUAUAUGA